AAGACGGAAGAGAUGAAUAAAGAAGAGUCUCCGCUCCCGACGUCGUUUUUAUCAUUACCGGACGACGUCACUCUCAGCUGUCUGACUCAUGUGUCGAGAUUCCAUUACCCAACUCUAUCCUUAGUCUCCAAGGGUUUCAGAUCUCUCAUCGCUUCGCCUGAUCUCGAGGCCAUACGAUCCUCCAUGGGAGAACCCGAGAGUUACCUAUGCGUCUGCUUGAAGCUUGAUAACACCAAUCCUACUAAUAUUCCCUGCUGGUUCACAGUUUCUCCGAUUCCCAAACAGAAACUGAAACCUAUCCCUUCGUUUCCUCAGCAGCAACAAUACCCUCAAUCCCCGAGCGUUGUCUCAAUCGGUUCAGAGAUUUACAUAAUCGGAGGAUUCGUCAAGGGAAAGAGGAGCAGAAGAGUGUCAGUUUUCGAUUGUCGAUCUCAUCAAUGGCGUAGACUCCCAAAAAUGCGCCUACCUCGAGCAGCCGCAGCCGCGGGUGCAUGUAACGGUAAGAUCCGUGUGAUGGGAGGGUGCAGGUCCAAGAAUGUACAUGACUGGGAGGAAUUUUGUGAUCCAAAGACCAAUACUUGGGAGUCCAAAACACUUAAUUUCACCAUUCAGCAGAAUAUGUCUAUUUGUAUGGGUGGAAAGCGUUAUCAAAUAAACGGUUUGAAGCUUAACUUGAAGACGGAUGUUUGCUUCGUAGAUAUAGAGAACGAGUUGUGCCUUAUUUCUGUUUCCAAUAGGAAACUCUUUUGGCAUGAAUUAAAACCAGGCUGUGUUAGUUGUGAGGUUAAUGGACUUGAACAACUCUCCUCUCAUUGUUUUAUUCUGGUGGCAAGAUCCGGCGGAGGAGCACGAGUGACCGUUUGGUGGAAGUCGGUGAUGAAGAUUCUGGACUUGCAGCAGUACCUUCUUCAAGAUUGCCAUUCCACAGGUGAGAGAUGUGAAACGCAAAUCUGUUGUGCAGAGAUUGUGUUUGAGAGACGAGGUUUACAAGAGCUUUGGGGAUUCGUCCAAUGGUCUAAAAUAGUGUUUACCGUUGAUGGUUUUGACCCUAGUUCCGAUUUCUUUUUAAACUAUGCUGUUGUGACUUAUUGAUCCAUUGGCAUUUUAUUUAUUUAUUUUUUACUUCAUUGUUGUAACCUUUAU